AUGUUAAGAAUUAUCACUUGCUGGGCAGCUAUUGCCUGGACAGCAAACGCUCCCUUGUCCAUUGAAGAGGUUGAAGUCGAUCCACCAAAAGCUGGUGAGGUUCGAAUUAAGAUUCUGUCCUCUGGGCUCUGCGGUACAGAUCUGCACAUCCUGGAAGGGAGAAACAAAGUGCCUUUUCCUGUGAUUUUGGGUCAUGAGGGAGCUGGAAUUGUAGAGAGUAUUGGAGAAGAUGUGACCAGUGUGAAACCAGGAGAUAAAGUCUUACCACUCCCACUUCCACAGUGCAGAGAAUGUAGUUCCUGUUUGAAUCCCACAGGCAACUUCUGCUUGGAGGAAAAUAUCCUUACUCCAACUGGAUUAAUGUCAGAUGGAACCAGCAGGUUUACCUGCAAAGGGAAGAGGAUUUACCACCUGUUUGGCACCAGCACGUUCACGGAGUACACAGUCGUACGUGAGAUUGCCCUGGCGAAAGUCGAUGCUUCGGCCCCUGUGGACCAGGUCUGCAUCCUGAGCUGUGAGGUGCCCACGGGCUUUGGAGCCGUGUUUAACACCGCAAAGGUCAGCCCUGGUUCCACCUGUGUGGUCUUCGGACUGGGCGGGAUUGGCUCUGCCAUUGUCCUGGCCUGCAAGGCCUCCGGAGCUUCCAGGAUCAUCGGGGUGGACAUCAAUGAGGAGAAGUUCCCCCGGGCCGAAGCACUCGGGGUCACUGAUUGCCUCAAUCCCCAGAGACUUGAGAAGCCUGUCCAGCAGGUGGUGGUGGAAAUGACCGGUCUUGGCGUGGACUUUGCGUUUGAGGCCGUGGGACUCACAGACACCAUGGUCGCUGCCCUGGAGAGCUGCCGUGUGAGCUCUGGGGUGUGUGUGGUUGUCGGUGUGGCGCCCACCCACUCCCAGCUCUCCUUCGACCCAGCACUACUGCUCCCAGGGAGAACUGUGAAAGGUGGCACCAUGGGAGAGUUUAAAACCAGAGACUUCAUCCCUCAACUGGUAACUGACUACCUGCAAAAAAAAUUCAACAUAGAUCCACUUAUAACACAUAAGAUGCCUUUUGAAAAAAUCAACCAAGCAUUUGAAUUGCUUCAAAAUGGAAACUGCAUCCGCUGUGUUGUCAAGCUCGGAGGUGAUGAAAGUGGACCAUAGCCCGCC